CACUGGAGGAGGCCCCGCCCCCCCGGUGGGCGGGGCCAACGGGGCCGUCCUAGCUGUCCUCCGCGGCUGCUAGUCCGAGUCCAGUCGGCCCCAGCUCGCUGAUCCCGCCAACAAGACCCGUACAAAGUCUCCUCCGCAGAACCGGAAGUGCGCCAGGAUGUCCCGGGAGCAGCAGGCGGUGGACCGGGCCAGGAAGGCCUUCCAGACGGGUCGGUCCAAAAGUCUGGAGUACCGAGUCCAGCAGCUGGAGAACCUGCGGCGUCUGCUCACAGAAAGACAGGGUGAGAUCGCCGAGGCCGUCAACAAAGACCUCAGGAAGAGCCAAGUGAUGGUCCAGCUCUUCGAGACCCUGGGGCUGGAGGAGGAGAUCAACCUGGCCGUCAGGAAGCUGAAGGAGUGGGCGGCGCCGCGGCCCGUGGAGAAGAGCCUCCUCACGCUCUCCGACCAGGUCUACAUCAAACCGGAACCGCUGGGCGUGGUCCUGAUCAUCGGGGCCUGGAACUACCCCUGGGCCGUCACCUUGCAGCCCCUCGUUGGCGCCAUCGCUGCUGGUAACGCUGCGGUCAUCAAACCCUCGGAAGUCAGCGCCCACACGUCUAAAGUCAUGCAGGAACUGAUGCCGCUCUACCUCGAUAAAGAGCUGUACCCGGUGGUGACCGGCGGCGUGUCAGAGACGCAGGAGCUGCUGAAUCAGAAGUUCGAUCACAUCUUCUACACGGGAAGCAGCGCGGUGGGAAAGGUCAUCAUGGCGGCCGCCGCCAAACACCUGACACCCGUCACGUUGGAGCUGGGAGGCAAGAGCCCGUGUUUCAUCGACAAGAGAUGUGACAUCAGCAUCGCCUGCAGACGUGUGGCCUGGGGAAAGUACACCAAUUGUGGUCAGACCUGUAUCGCCCCAGACUACAUCCUGUGCGAGCCUGAAGUUCAGGGGAGAGUCAUCGAGGAGCUGAAGAGGGCCAUCGAGGAGUUCUACACUAAAGACCCGAAGACGUGUCCGGAUUACGGCCGCAUCAUCAACCAGCGCCACUUCAACAGGAUCCUGCCGUUGUUGCAAGACAGCACGGUCGCGGUGGGCGGAGACAACGACGAGGAAGACUGCUACAUAGCUCCCACCGUCCUGCGGGACGUGAAGCCAGAAGCCAAGGUGAUGCAGGAGGAGAUCUUUGGACCGGUCCUACCCAUCCUGCCCGUCAGCAGCCUGGAUGACGCCAUCCAGUUCAUCAACCACGGAGAGAAGCCGCUGGCUCUCUACGUCUUCUCCGCUGACCAAAAGGUCAUCAAUAAAAUAUCUGAUGAAACGUCAAGUGGAGGUUUCCUGGCCAACGACUGUUUGGUGCACUACUCCGUCAGCGCGCUGCCUUUUGGGGGCGUUGCUCAGUGGUGUUACCAGAACCAGUACUCCUGUGAUGACACCUGCAAAGACCCGGAUCACUGGUCCACACAGUUUCCUCGCUGCGGAGGACUACGCCAGUCCCCCAUCAACAUCGUGAGCGCCCACGUGCACGUGAACACGGCCCUGCCCCCCCUGGAGUUCCUGGGCCACGCAGACCGGAUCAACAUCACGGUGGAAAACAAAGGACACUCUGCUCACUUUCACCUGCCUCAGUCCGUCAGGCUGACCGGAGGAGCUCUGCCGGGUCACUACAGAGCCGCUCAGUUUCACUUCCACUGGGGGGGCAGCGGGACACCCGGAUCGGAACACACCAUCGAUGGCGAGAGGUUCCCUAUGGAGCUUCACAUCGUGCACAUCAAGGAGCCGUACGGGUCCCUGGCGGAGGCGGAGCACGACAUGGCGGGAAUCGCCCUGCUGGCCUUCCUGUUUGAGGAAACCAGCGAGGAUCAUCCUCACCUGGACACCGUCAUAGCAGCUUUGGGCCGAGUGCAGCACAACGGGACCACGGCGGUGAUAGCAGACUUUCAGCUCAGCGACAUCAUCCCGGCCUCCAAGGAGCUGCACGCCUACUACCGCUACGUGGGCUCCAUGACCACGCCCGGGUGCGAGCAGGCUGUCGCCUGGACCGUCUUCCACAAGAAGUUGGCAGUCAGCAGUCGACAGUUGGAUGCCAUCGUCCAGCAGUGCCGCUUCUGGACAGGACAACCUAUGAAGGACAUCUUCAGACCCACUCAGCCGCUGGAUGGAAGAUUCGUGUAUCGCUCCAACUCCGCCGCUACUUUCAAAGCAACUGGAUUGUGGUUUGCUGUUUUAUUUUUGGCGCUCGCAACAUCGGUUCUGAUUCAAUAACACAUCAUUACAUACAUAUUCACUCUUAUUUCCGUACUCGUUGACGGUCGUCA